AUGGCUGUUAGCAUGAAGACGAAGGCCACGAAGCCCCCAAAGGUGGUGAAGCCAAAGGCUACUAAGAGACGAUCCACCAUCACCACCAAACGCCACCGCUUCGAAGGAUUUUCAGAACGUAUCGCAAAGCUCAAGAUCGAUCCCAUUAGGCGCAGAAGAAAUGCGGAAGAGUUGGACGAGCUCACGGAGGCGACGGCGACAUACUUUGGGCGGUCGUUGGUAGAGUGGAAAGACCUGAACUUGUCAGCGACCUUCACGGCAUUCGCGAAAGAGGUUACGCCGUACUGCGAUAGUCUGCCGAUGGUCCUGCACAAUGAGGCCAAGAUCAUGGCAAUACUGGUGGUGUAUAUAGAGAAGGCGGAUGAGCUUGCCAUGGAGCCCCUACUCAAGCUCAUGUCUGACUUCGCCCACGAUCUGGACGUCAGAUUUGAGAAGCACUUCGCAAUAGCUGUGUCGACCAUUGCAGCGGUCGCAGCGAAACACCAAGAUCCUGCUGUGGUGGAGUGGAGCUUUACAUGUCUUGCAUGGCUGUUUAAGUACCUGUCGCGACUCCUGGUGCCUGAUCUUCGACCUUUAUACGAUUUGUUGUCCCCCUACCUGGGCAAGCAAACACAGAAGCCUUUCAUCAUUCGCUUUGCCGCCGAAUCAUUGAGCUUCUUGGUACGCAAGGCAGCAGCGACAUACGAUCGAGACACGGAGUCACUCGACAGCAUUGUUGCGCAUGUAUUCAGUGACGGGUAUGCUACUGGUGACCAGCGCACGGCAGAUCUUCUUCGCCAGGGAAUCAUGACAACCCUAACCGAAGCGAUCAGAGGCGUGCAGAGUGGUAUACACUCCGGCGGCCUCGCAAUCGUCAAGAGCCUGCUGAAGGCGACUCGACGUACAAUAGGACCUGCUCGCAGCACGGCGCAAUCCAUCAUCAUCGGCACCCUCACCAGCUUGAUCCACAACACGAAUUCGAACACUUUUCAGCCAGUGCUGGAAACGAUCCUAAACGACAUCGCACUUUCGCCACCGGUCGAUGACCAGGAGGUUCAGCUCGCAGCCGAGCUGCUAUUCGCCAGUGUGUCUGUUCGUAAAGGCACUCGGGUAGCACAGUGGAAACCUGUGGUGACGACGCUGAGAGCCUUGUUCGAGCAAGCAGAUGUGCUUCUUAGUCUGGAAAAAUCUACGGCUUCAAUCAUCCUCAGCACACUUGCUGUAGUCAUUCAAAGUGCCACUAUGGAUGCAAUCAUGACUAUGCUUUCUCUAGUUGAGGCUAGUCGGAAAGGCAAGUGGAAGCCGCACUUCCUUGACUUCUGCGAUUUGUGUAGUCGACUCGGCCGCGAGAAGUUUGAGCAAUUCGUCAUGCCACAGAUGCAGAAGUUCAUCAUCGAGCAGUGGGGCAGUUCUAGCACUGAGAUCUAUCGCUUGCUUCCACACAUCCACGGAGCCGCAGAGCAGCGACAAAUCCAAGCGCCCACUGAACUCCAGUCUGACCUUGUCACCCAUCUAGCCGCCACACUCGGCAGUGUCAACGCAUCCGAGCUUGAUCUAGCAACUGCAGACAGCUUGAUGCGUGCAACAUCAUGCUUAAAGAUGAACGAAAACCAGAUUAGCCAGCUCGAACUUGUACUUGCGCGGAUCGUCAAGAACGCACUCGAAGAUCGGAACACUGCAGAUGACCUGCGCAUUAAGUUCGCUCUUGGACCAUGCCUUGGGCGCCUACUCGCGAUAAAUGCUGCGCGGGCCAUUGCUACAGCACCAUGGGCCUCACUGUGCUCGGUCAGCAGCAAGCUGUACUCAUAUCCAUCGUUUCUAGCUAGUCUGAAAAGUUACAUCGAAGCCGCAGAGCUUCAAGGUGUCGCCACAUCAGAUAUGAAGCUCCUAUCAGACUCACUGGUGCAAGCUUUGGCACUACCAUCUCACGAUGUGCGAGAGCUGAGCCUUGAGCUGCUUAUCAAGCUUUACGAGAUACAGAACAAGCUGGUCGCGCCUGCUCUACACACUGCGUACACGAUUGAGAGCACACCAAUCAGUCUCGCCUCGAGCAGAGCUAUCACUAUGGGCAUCAGACGACUUGCGUCCGAAUGUGAGCAAACAAGCUCGGACGAUCUCGUCCUGCAAGCCAUUCCAACCUACUGUUUCGGACUUCUCCAUAUACGACUCGCGCAAGCCUGGGACGAGGCGAUCGCUGUCAUCAUCGAGCUAUGCAAAUCUCCUCGAAUUGAGGGUGUCGUCAUCGAUCUAGCUCAACGCUGGCUAGAAGAGUCGUCAGAGGAAGACGAAGCGCUUUUGCUUGAAAAGCCACUGGAUGUGGAAUCGGAGUGGACCAACACAGCAUCUGAUUUCGAGUGCUCAAAUCUCAUGAGGAUAUCUUCCAUUUGUAAGCAGGUCUUCGAGGAUCCCAACAAUGGAUAUCCCUCAGUCGAGCAGCAAUUUCAGGUGGAUGUGAAGCAGGUGCAAGUCUACAACUCUACAUCCCGCACUCAAGCCCUACGAGUCCUGCAGAAGUCGCCACAGCUUGCAGAAAAGCGGUCGCGAUUACUAGUGCCUGUUUUGCUGCGUUGGGCUGGUGCUGUUCAGAAUGACGACGCCGUCGAGGGUACCAACAGUAGCAGGUGGACACGCAAAGAUCAAAAGGCAAUGCUGGCCAUCUUUGCGCAAUUCACAAAUCCGAAAGUGCUCUACAGGUCCGCUGAUGUGUACGAUGCACUGCUGAAGCUCUGCGCAAAUGGUGAUGCAGAGAUACAGAGCUCAGCAUUGAAGGCCAUCUUUGCCUGGAAGGACGCCGCCGUGACUCGAUAUCAAGAGCAUCUGGUCAACUUGCUGGACGAGGCACGAUUCCGGGAAGAGCUUUCUGUGUUCUUGCAGGAUGGUGACCAGACAAUACGAAAAGAGGACUAUGCACGACUCAUGCCAGUUCUGCUUCGACUGCUGUAUGGGCGAGCGAUUGCCGGUGGCAAGCAUGGUCAAGGUCCACGGCGGAAGGCAAUCUUCGUUUCACUGACGAGAUUCGACCAGCAUACUUUGGGCACAUUCGUGGACAUCGCGACGACUUCAGUAGCCGCCACGCCAAGCGCAGCCGGAGAAAUCGGUUCUGCAGACGCGACCGCAAAUGUGUCUCUGCGUCAGCAACUCGGUAUGCUGAACAUGCUCGAGGAUCUCCUUCAGACACUGGGAGCCGAUCUGGAGCCUCAUGCGGAGAAAGUCUUACGUUCUGUUCUGAUCUGUACCAUACCAGCUGCACAGCGCAUCGAUGUUGGCGACGACACCGAAGACGCAUCUCUCCUGCGCUCUGUGCGUUCAGCAGGCAUGCAAUGUCUUGUGCAGAUCUUUGCAGAGAUUAAGGAGCUUGACACGAGCGAGACUGCGACUCUCAUCCUUGGAAAGCUGAUCCAACCUCGUCUUCCCAAGUUCGCGACCGAGAACAAUCAGUCAGUGUCAGGCUUACUUCGGCUAUUGGCUGCAUGGAGUGCCUCAUCGCGGACUGCCCAGCAUUUGCGCGGAAGCGACGGCACACUGCUUACUCACGUUGCUGCUCUACUGCGUGAGCCUAGCAGUAAAGAUGAGGUUCGACUGUUUUUGCUGCAAGACUUACUCGAUAAUCUAUCAGAGCCUGGUGCGGAUUCAACAAUUUUGGACCCCCAUGUGAUUGACUUCGUUAGGAGCCUUGCCUGGGUUCUUGGCCAUGGUCCUUCUAAGCACGUCUUGGACGCCGGCGUGCAGUCUCUUACUAAGCUUGCCGAGCGCGUUAGUGAUGAGGAAGAGGCUCGUAAUAUUAUUGACGUGUGUAGCGAGCUUCUCAAGAAGCCCGGGAAGCUUGUCUCUCCUCGCUCGAAGGUCGGCCUUCUACAGACUUUGUUGCCUCUGCUCGACGUGGCUGAAGUGGAUCCAGAAGGCCCACUAUACGAAGCAGUCGUUGGGCUGUUCUCUCGACUCGACUCACCAAAAGCACGAGAUCUCCUCGCAGCCGUCCUGACGAAGAUCUGUGAGGCAGACGCGGAGUAUACUAUGACGGCUCAAGUGUGUAAAGAGCUGAAUGCGCAGCAAGGACUACGACUGGACGAGCCCAACCAUGAUCUGCGGGAGCACGCCUUUACCAGGAUCGCCGAAUUGGUUGGCACACUUACGCCUCGACAGUGGCUACCCAUCAUACACAACUGCUUAUACUAUAUCAAAGAUGUAGACGAUCUAGUCAACCGCUCAAGCGCUGCUCAAGGUCUCGCACGAUUUAUUGAUGCAGCUGCUACUGAUCUGGACCGGUUCAAGCCUGUGCUUGCGCAAGUCAUAAUGCCGGCCAUCGAACGUGGUAUGCGCGAGUCGACUGAGCUGUUUCGGGCCGAGUAUCUUGGCCUCUUGGGCCGCCUCGUGGAGAAAGUACCUGGCUGGCAGGCACUCGCCGAUAUGCAAUCAUUGGCUGGCGGUGGUGACGAGGACGCCUCAUUCUUCCACAAUGCACUUAACAUACAGCAACAGCGUCGUCUUCGUGCCUUAAGAAGAUUGGCUGAGACCGCGCCAUCCCUGACCUCCAGCAAUAUUACCAAAAUUUUCUUACCGUUCUUGGAGCACUUCGUCUUGGACCCUGCGCCUGGAGAUGCUGGCCGUGCGUUGUCGGAUCAAGCUGUGUUGACUAUCGGUGCUCUUGCAGGCUCACUCAGUUGGCCCGCAUUUCGAGCGACAUUCAAGAAAUAUGCUAGCUUCAACACCUCGAAGGAGAAUCUGGAGAAGACUUUACUGCGGCUCCUGGGCUCGCUCGUGGAUGCGCUCACAGCCACCUAUGCUAGAAGCCAGGCCAAGGACGAGACGCUUUCGAAGGACGCUGUCAUCGCGCAGGAGUUCUUGCCGCCCCUGCUUGGAUAUCUGCAUCACAAAGACGAGUCCACAGUCGAUCGACGUAUGCCUGUUGCAGUCACGAUCGUGAAGCUGAUGCUCCUGCUUCCCGAAUCCGAGUUGACGGCUCGACUGCCGGCUGUAUUGACAGACGUGUGCCAAGUCUUGCGUAGUAAGAGUCAAGAAGCUCGAGACCAAACGCGUAAGUCACUCGCAAGUGUUCUGGGACUAGUCGGUCCGAGAUACCUCAACUUCAUCCUCAAGGAACUUCGUGGUGCUCUCCUGAGAGGAUACCAGCUCCAUGUUCUGUCUUUCACUGUGCACUCCCUGCUCGUCAGCGCGACCGAGAAGUGCCUACCUGGCGACUUGGACGACUGUCUGCCCGAGUUGACCUCUGUAAUAAUGGACGACAUUUUUGGCGUCACUGGUCAGGAGAAAGAUGCGGAGGAGUACAAGAGCGGUAUGAAAGAAGUUAAGAGCAGUAAAAGCUUCGACACCAUGGAAUUGCUUUCAAGGGUGACGCCGGUCAACAAGCUCGGUGCACUCUUGCGACCUAUCCGAUCACUUCUUACAGAGAAGCUGGACGCUAAGACGGUCAAGAAGGUUGAUGAACUGAUGACCCGGCUACGGAAAGGCGUCGACCAGAAUCCUGCAUCCGAUAGCCGAGACAUGCUCGUCUUCUGUCAUGAGAUUGUACGACAGGUGUAUUCAGAGCGGAAUGCACCUGUUGCGAACGGCGUUGUCCAUGACUACAAGGUUCGCAAGUAUCUCAUCCAGAUGGAGUCUGCGAACAAGUCGAAAAGCAAAGGCGCCACCACGUCUCAGCUAUACAAACUCAGCAGCUUUGCCCUCAACCUCGUGCGCAAGGUCAUUCGAAAGCACGAUGAUCUGCUCACACCAGGCAACAUGGCAGGAUUCCUGCCGAUGGCUGGUGAUGCCCUGGUCGAGGGAGAAGAAGAAGUCAAACUCGCUGGCAUACGAUUACUCGCUGCUGUGAUAAAGCUGCCACUCGCAGAUCUCGACAAGAAUGCCCCCGUAUAUGUCAAAGAAGCUGUUGCGCUCGUCAAAGGAGCAUCGAAUAUGACCACCGAACCUGCUAAGGCAGCACUCGAGCUCAUUACCUCAGUGUUGCGAGAGAGGCGAAGCGUGGAGAUAAAAGAGCGUGACAUAGCGCACGUGCUCAAAGUCCUCAAAACCGACAUCGACGAGCCCGAUCGCCAGGGCGUGAUCUACAAGUUUCUACGAGCCGUGCUAGGUCGCAAGAUUGUCAUCACGGAAGUCUACGAGCUCAUGGAUGAGAUGGGCAAAGUCAUGGUCACGAAUCCAGAUCGAAGCAUCCGAGAAAGCGCUCGAAGCGUGUACUUGCAAUUCAUCAUGGACUAUCCGCAAAGUAAGGAUAGGUGGACCAAACAAGCAGGUUUCCUGGUGGAGAAUCUACGCUACGAGCAUGCGACUGGUAGACAGAGUGUGAUGGAGCUCAUGCAUCAGCUGUUGAGCAAGCUUAACGACGAAGUACUAGCGCAGUUGGCCAACAAUUUCUUUGUGGCGCUCGUGCUGGUCCAGGUCGGCGAUACAGAUCCGGCUUGUCGACAGAUGGCUGGACUCUUGAUAGCGAAGCUAUUCGAACGAGCGGAUGAGGAGCAGGCUGGUGGCUUUCUGAAGCUGAUGGGUGGCUGGCUAAAGAAUGACAAGAAGACUACCAUACAAGUUGCCUCGAUGCUGUGUUGGAGGACGUAUAUGGAGUCUGCUGAUGUAUCCACCAAGCGGCUCAAUCAGCUGCGAGACAAGAUGGUUGAAUUCUUCACUAGUGAAGAUAUAGUGGUCGGGCCACAGCUACUGCAGGCGCUACUUGACACAUUCGUGGUCAUGGUCGAGAAAGCCAGCGAGACAGCUUUCGACAAUGCUUCAGUAGAGAUCUGGCAGAACGUCCAACAGUGCCUUGCAGCGCCCAGCAGUGCAGUGGCUGCACCAGCGAAUGGCUUGCUCGGAUCUCUGUUCACUCACCUAGCACACAGUAGCGCUCGGGAAGGCAACGGACUUGCAGCACUGCCUCUCGUAGGUUCUGGUGGACUACAGUUUGAUGCACCUGAGAUGCGACAAGUCUGUCAGAUCUCCUUGCAAGCUAUCAUGACCUGCACCACUCAGACCGACGAGUCGCUGAUCUCGCAAACCACCCGCAACCUGGCUUUCCUGGGUCGAUGCUUCGCAGUUAAUGACAUGGCCUGGGAAGAGGACGACGGCACGACAGCAAUACAGUACCUACUAGGCCAACUCUCUUACAUCAUUCGACAGGAAAAUCUUCCCGUACCUGCUCGCAAAGCAGCCAUCAACUGCCAAAGCAUACUAGUAAACCAACUACCCGCACUACCAAACCUAGCGAAACUGCUCCGACCCCUCUACCUCCUCACCGAUACAGCCAGUACCCAACCACCAGGAACAGCCUACCGUGACCUGGCAGACCAAGCCCAAGAACUCAUGGCCUUGGUUCAGAAGAAGGCUGGAUCAGAAGCAUAUAUCGCUGCUCUAAGCGAAGCGAGGAAAGGUGUCCAGACUGUCAGGGAAGAGAGGAGGCGAAAGCGGAAAAUUGAGGCUGUUAGUGCGCCGGAGAAAUGGGCGGCGAGUAAGAGGAAGAAGCAUGAGGGUCAGAAGGCUGUCAAGAAAGCUAGUAAUGUUGAGAUGAGGGGCAGGAGGAGAGGAUGGUAG